AUGAGGGAAAUCAUUACCCUCGCGACCGGACAAGCAGGAAAUCAGGUGACCAGCUCUUUCUGGCAAUCGAUUUUACAGGAACAUGCGUUAUCUGGAGAAGGAAUACCCUUGCCUGAAGCAACGGAGGAGCAACACACUCGGUUAGGAGUCUUCUUUAGCGAAGCAGCUAAAGACAAAUGGGUUCCUCGAGGACUUAACAUCGAUCUUGAGCCUAACACUAUGGAAUCCAUUCGGUCUGGCCCAUUAGGAAAGUUACACAGACCUGAUAACUAUAUCAAUGGUCAAUCAGGAGCCGGUAUGUCAUCUUGUGAAGGAGCUGAGCUGGUCGAAACUGUGAUGGAAGUCGUUCGACACGAGACUGAGCGUUGUGAGAUGCUUCAAGGGUUUCAGUUGGUCCAUUCGUUAGGAGGUGGAACAGGAAGUGGACUAGGAACCCUGAUCUUGAAUAAGCUAAGAGAAGAAUACCCGGACCGAAUGAUGACCACAUGGUCUAUUUUACCAAGUCCAAAGGUGUCGGAUACAGUCGUGGAGCCGUACAAUGCGACGCUUUGUUUCCAUCAAUUGGUUGAGAUGAGCGAUCUGACUUUCAACAUUGAUAACGAAGCAUUAUUCGAUAUCUGCCAGCGGACACUCAAAAAGAACGAUCCGAGUUACAGUGAUCUGAAUGCACUAGUAGCCAAUGUGAUGGCCGGUAGUUCGACUACAUUACGAUUCCCAGGUCAAUUGAAUGCCGAUUUACGAAAGCUCGCCGUCAAUAUGGUUCCGUUCCCUCGAUUACAUUUCCUCAUGUGUGGAUUUGCACCAUUAACCGCGCCUGGUGCUUCCAAGUAUCAAAAACUGACAGUGCCUGAACUAACUCAGCAAGUCUUUGCGCCACAAUCAAUGAUGGCAGCCUCUGAUCCGCGUCUCGGUAGGUACCUUACUGCAGCCACUAUUUUCCGAGGUGCUGCUGUUGCUUCUCGAGAUGUCGAGGAAUCGAUGGCAGCUGUGCAAGAGAAAAACUCGGAUUUCUUCGUGGAUUGGAUCCCUAACUCUGUGAUGACUUCACUAUGUCAAGUACCACCUACUGGUCUUCGAAUGGCUGCGACAUUCAUUGGUAAUUCAACAGCUCAACAGGAAUUGUUCAAGAGAACCCAAGCUCAAUAUGCAGCUAUGUUCCGUAGACGUGCAUUCUUACAUUGGUACACAAACGAAGGAAUGGAUGAAAUGGAAUUCACAGAGGCUGAAUCCAAUCUCAUUGACUUGAUUGAAGAAUAUCAACAGUGA